AAGGCAGAUAGGAAGAGAGCGUCAGGAACUAAAAAAAGGGUACUGAAAUGGGCCAGAAAUGAAUCAGACCCAGAGAAGCUAGUUAGUUGGCUACACAACGUUUAAGUAAAAAAAAAAUAUUAAUAUAUACGUGCUAUCCGAUAAUUCAAAUGUUGUUUUCAGAGCGGAGCGUUGUAAAAGGCAUCGCGCGUGAUGUGUCCGUGCGUAGUAAGAUAGCUUACUUGCGCUACUCCUUUCGUGGAGAGAGAAUGAAAGGAACUUAGCUUAGCUAGCUAGCUGGGUAGCCAGCUGGCUAAUGCUAGCAAGGGAGCGCCAGCUAAAGUGAUUUGCUUAGCUAGUUUACAUCUUAAGCUUUAAGGAAAGUACAGCUACAGUGCGAAUGCAGAAGACGACUAAUUGUAUAUUUGGGUGUGUAAGGCCUGUCAGCAUCCACACUUCCCUUCCAAGGGGAUGCCAGUCCAUGCUUGGCAAUCUGUUGGCCAUGUGAUGAAAAUAUACUGUGGAUAGGAAAUUUUGAACUUCAUAGGUUUGACCCUAUGCUCUCAUUUGGGAGGAACUUUCAGAAUGAAGAAGAUCAGCCUUAAAACGAUCAGAAAAUCAUUUAACAUAAAUAAAGGCAAAGAGGAAGGUGAAUUUGUUGUGGUACAGCAGCCAGCAUUAGCUGCUGAUUUCACAAAAGAAGAUUCCCUUUUUGGAGGCUGUUACAGCAAAGAGCUUGGAAGCUGUGAUCUUAAUGGUGAAGAGGAAAAGGGCCACAAGAACCGGUCCAAGAGUGAGAGUUUAAUGGGAACACUAAAAAGGAGACUGUCAGCAAAGCAGAAAUCUAAAGUUAAAGCAAGCUCUUCUUCGGUUGGCUGUAUAGAUGAUGACACCUUUUCCUCUUCCUCUGCCCCCAUAAGCUUUAAUGAAGUGAAAGCCCAGCGUCCCUUAAGAUCCACGUCCCUGCGAAGCCAUCAUUACAGCCCCACUCCUUGGCCUCUUAGGCCAGCUAACUCUGAAGAAGCAUGCAUUAAGAUGGAGGUGAAGGUGAAAGCCUUGGUUCAUUCAUCUAAUCCCAGCCCAUCUUUUAAUGGUGUUCGAAAGGAGUUCCAUGACCUCCAGAUGGACAGGCUUUUCCAGGAUCCAAGUGAGUCUUUGAAGAACUCUGACCCUCAGAAUAGUCACCUGCAUCUAAAUAUUGAUGAACAUGUGCCUGUAAUUAUUGGAAUUACACCUCAGGACUAUAUUCAGUAUACAAUGCCUUUAGAUGAGGGAAUGUAUCCUGUUGAAAGAUCACACUCUUAUUGUUUGGAUGGCUCCUCACCAAUGGAAGUGAUGCCACAGGUAGAAAGGGAUGCUCUUCAUGUGGAUGACGGACAGAUAGAUCAAGAUCUGGUAAUGUCAUCAGACAUCUUUCUGGAACCUUCAGUGAAUGGACUGCUUAUAGGAAGCACAGGUGUGAUGCUUCAGAGCCCGAGAGGUGAUGUUCCUCCACUUUCACCUUUGCUACCUCCACACCCUGGCAGUCAGUAUCGGAGGAACUUUCCCAGCUUUUGUGGUGCUGACACUCAAGUAACGGAGAGGGUCAGACACCAUCUGAAUUUUGACCCCAGUUCUGCUCCAGGAGUUGGCAGGGUGUACGAUUCCGUUCAGAACAGUGGACCUAUGGUUGUAACGAGCCUCACAGAGGAGCUGAAGAAACUUGCCAAGCAGGGAUGGUACUGGGGUCCCAUAACUCGCUGGGAAGCAGAGGAAAAACUUGUUAACCUGCCAGAUGGCUCAUUCUUGGUACGUGACAGUUCGGACGAUCGAUACCUCUUGAGCCUGAGCUUUCGUUCACAGGGUAAGACACUUCACACCAGGAUUGAACACUCAAAUGGCCGGUUCAGUUUUUAUGAACAGCCAGAUGUGGAGGGUCAUAUAUCUAUAGUAGAUCUCAUUGAGCAUUCUAUAAAGGACUCUGAAAGUGGAGCGUUCUGUUAUUCUAGAUCGCGUUUACCGGGGUCUGCAACGUAUCCCGUCAGACUGACAAACCCUGUUUCUCGUUUCAUGCAAGUGCGUUCACUACAGUACUUGUGCCGCUUUGUCAUUCGGCAGUACACACGGAUAGACCUGAUUCAGAAACUGCCUUUACCCAACAAGAUGAAAGAUUACCUGCAGGAAAAGCACUACUGAAAUGGGACAUGUUUCAUUUUUACAGAUGAUAUUUUUUUUUUCAUUCAGUAAUAAUAAAAAAAACUUGGUUUACAAGCAUUUGUGGAUCUAAAAGACUUGCUGUCCCCAUCUUACCUGUAUAGGAAAUGCUUUGUGUUAGGGCCUGAUUCAGUCUUUUUGUAUGUUGGAGUUUUGUGAUUUUAAGGAAGCAUUACUUUGUAUACCAAGGAUUAAUUGUUUGAUAGAAACUAAAAUAAAUUUAAAUAUUAUGUAAAUAAUGCAGGCUACAACUUGCUUUCAUUUAAGCUAUAUAAGUUUGCAAUUAGACUGGCUCAGGCUUAAAUUACCACAUGUGGUCCUUUUUAGCUGAAACUGGUUCAUUUGUUGUUGCGCAGAUUAUUAUUAUUAUUUUUUUAAGUGAAUUUAAUUCGGAGUUGCAAAAGGAAACUUAAGUAUGAAUGGAAUCAUUGGAUACUUAAUUUUGGUGAAAACAUUCUGAUUAUUUUACUCUGUCCAUUUAUUUAUAUUGGAUGCCCAAAGCACUAUUGAAUGCAAUGCUUAAUCAAAAAGAUUAAUUCAAAAGGGUGAAUAUGCAAAAUGUGACAAAUUAUGUAUAAUAAUAUUGAUGAUACCAUUGUGGACACAGAAAAAAUAAGUGUGUGUAGUUAAAAUUGGAGUUAUAACAUUUUGAGUUUUUUGGUUUGAGUGAUUAAAUACAUUAGUGCUGAUCCAAAAGUGUAAAUGUUUAUUUGCCACUAAACUGAAAAGCUACUUGUUUAACCUAAUUUGGGUUAAAUAAUAGAGGGAAAUGCAUAAAUCUAAAAAUUCAGUUUUUGGCCUGGAAACAGGACUCCUUCCAGCAUAAAACUAGACUGGACAAGCUGAUAUCAAGGUCAGUGAAAUGCAAAUGAGGGAGUUCCACAUUUGGCUUGUUUGGCUGAUUGUGCAAAUCGUUCACAUAUUCCAAAGCUGUAAAACAGCACAUAAAUGGCCAUAUGGUAUGAUCUAAAAUGUAGCUACAUAAAAUAUUCAAAAUGCUCAACUGAACUGCGGAAUGUAUAAAAAGUUAACAUUGUUAAGGGAUGAAGCAAACAUAAAGGUUACAAAACUUUUUAAAUGGAAAAGACAAGCUUUCAGCACGAGCAUAAAAUGAUUGUAUUCAAAUAAAGAUAGAUUUGGCAUUUCAGGGGUUUAGCCACAACAUUAUGUAUUUGUGUAUGCAGUAGGCCUAUUUGUAGUCAAAGUGUUGUACUUCAUAGGACUUGAGUUGGUACAAGUAAAUGAACUAAGGGCAAAAUCAUGAUUUAGAACCAUGUCUGAAUACACAUCACUUAGCUCUAACAUUGGAGUUGGUCCACUGCGUUUGAAUAAAUUAUAGCAGCAAUAUAAAAUGAAAUUCUUGGCUAAUAGUUCCCUUAAAGCAGCAGUUUAUUGCUGAUAGUUUGAAAUGACUAGGCCUCCUCUUCUGAAACUCAAAACUUGCAAAAUAUGGUAUUAAUUAUUCAGUUUAAUCUGUUUUAUUACUGCUGUAGUAUAACACAAAUUUUAGGUUUUGCAGCUUACUGUUAACUGUCUAAAAGCCUGUAGUUUCCCAGCAAAAAGACAAUGAAAUAUUCAGAGCAAUGUAGCUACACUGAUGCAUUUCAUAAUCGUACAUGAGGAUUAUUCCAGAAAUCUGCGCAACAUCAAAUUGAGCUGAUUUAAGUUUACAUGAGUCAAAUGGGAAAGACAAGUUAAAUUAUGAAAAAAAUUAAAUUAAUGCAGCAGAGUAUAUUUUCCUCUUCAAGUACUUUGAGUCCUAUGUUCAACCUAAAAAAAAAAAAAAGUAAAGAAAAAUCAGAAGCCUUUUGAAAAUGGUUGUUAUUGGAUGCUAUUUGAUCUCUACUGAACCCCUUACCUGCUUGUGCACAUAUCAUACACCAAAUAGAAAAUUCUAAGAAAUUUAAGUUGUUGUUUGAUACAUUGAUGACUCAAGUAUGUAUUCCCCUUGUUGAGACCCACAUGGCUCCAGAACAAAGUGUCCACCAUUUGAUGGGUCGUGCAGAUGUGGAACGUUGAACUUCUGUGAUGGCUUAAUCACUUUGAACACACAACAGCUUGAAGAUUGUUUGUGGGUAUGUUUUUAAGCAAAAUGAGUGGAUAAGGAUAAGCACACUGUGUUUGUCAUGUGGCACCAUUAAUAUGUUUCUACUAUUGCAAAAGUUGCAUCUGAAGUUGCAUCUAAAAGUUGCUCAUUGUAAUGUUUUUUGAUUGAGAAAGUGUUUUAUUACAAUUGUGGCUUGCUUUGUUUAAAUGUCAUAUUUCCAUUAAUGUUUCAUGCUUUCAAAGUCAUGCAAACGGAUGCUCGCUAACGGUUUAAUCACGUAAAUGUUAUUCUGUAGAACUGCAAUCAAAAUUCAUUCAGCAUUUAAAAUGGAAAAUCAUUGCACCAUUUAGAAAGGUGCUUUUGGGAACACUUAUUGGGAAAUAUCCUUAUCUUACCUUCAGCAGACAUUUUAAAAUGCACUUGGCUCCAAGAAAGUGUUUGAAAAACAAUCAACGGUCACUCAACAGUUACAUCUAUUAGCAUUGAGGAAUAUUUUCUUGUAUGAUUAAAACGUUCUCAAUUUGCUUCCAGGUGUGUUUUGAAACGUAUAGGCAAAAAAUAUUGUUUAAUGUCUAAAGAUCAUCUAAAAUUAACACAUGUUAAAGUACAGCUUGUGUCCUGGAAGUACAACUUGUUUCUCUAAAGGUUUGUUGCGUGCUUGCAGAAAUGUAAGGGCAUUGAAUAGAAUGAUCUAUUGUCAGGUAAAGAACAUAAACCUCAGAUGUUUAUCCAACAAAAAAAAAACUAGAUGUAAUAAAUAAGCCCAUAUUAAUGCAAUACUGUCAGU